AUGUCGGCGAUCCACUAUGCCGCCUUUUCGAAUGAGCCCGAGGUUCUCCGCCACUUGGUAGAUCUUGGGAUCAGCGUUGACACCGCAAAUGGGUGCGGGGCGAACAUCUUGUACCAUGCCGUGGAAAGCAGGAGCUUGGAAAUGGUCCAAUACGCUCUUACACUCCAGACGAACCCCUCUGCAUCAGUUUACAUUGUGGAUCGAAUGCAUAACAAGCACCGCGUGGAGGGCAUUUGCCAGUGGGUGGCUCAGUUUUCCAGCUGUAACAGUCCCCACUACCUUGAUGCCGUUAUCGUCAUGCUCGCCGAACGUGGAGGCGAUUCCGUGUUCUGGCUCGAUGAAGAGAGCAGUCACACGGAAGGUGAAGAUGUCAAAUUCGAGUUCAGUCGCGCCAAGUCUAUGGCCAUCAACGUCAUAGCCAAGUACAUUCGCAACCCGUUCAAAGAUUUCGCGGAACGCGGCUGGGUCUCCCAGCUGUUGCAAGGAGCAAUCGCUACCUACCAGCCCACCGAGGCGUUCAACGAUCUCAAGAAGGAGAUUAUGGCGCUUUUCUGGCAUGUGAUUGGUGACAGCAGUUGUGGAGCAGGUUCUCUCGAUAUGAUCUUGCAGUCUAACGACUCCCUCGACCUAACUGAGCUAAUCGAUGGCGACUUGCCCCCGAGGGACGUCAAAGCGACGAACUAUGCUGGCAAACUUGGCACGGUGGCACUUCACAUGAUAUUGACAGAAUACAGCCUCGAUCCGUACGAUUAUGCAGGCGACAUCGCGGCGCGGGACAAGGUGGCCUGGAUUCUCAGGCAUGGGGCAGACCCAAUCGACAAAUUUCAUCGCGCGGCUGACUUCGCUGCCCUGCCUUGUUUCCUGAGUAAUCUCAACGCCCGUGACGGGUGGGAUCUCUCAAAUCUUGAGGUUGUCUCGGGUGUUGCGGACAUUAUGAGGAUUCUUGGGGAGCACGGUGCUUGGGAAUUGAGCGAAAGCGAGACACAACACGCUGUGAGGACGUAUGUCAACCUCGUCCGGAAGAUUACGUACUGGGGUAGAGAUACUGCAAAGGUGAUGAGAGAGAUGGUUCUGCCCAGUAGGGUGUCUGCAAUGCUAGACACAAUGGGCGAGAAAUAG